GGAAUAAGAAAAAAAUAAACAAACGAGGCUUCGUCAAAGUUGGUCGCCUUCCUUAGCGAAGUUGAUAAUUAUUAUAACUGCGUUUACCAAAUUUGUUUUUCAUAAUUAAUUAUUGCAAUUGAAUGUCGUGCUGAGGAUUCUUGUAAUUCAAGCAACAUGAAGACGGUAGCAGCUUUGCUGUGCCUGGUGGCCGCCACUCAGGCUGUCAGCUUCUUUGACCUCGUUAAGGAAGAAUGGACUGCUUUCAAGCUGGAGCAUGUGAAGAGCUACGCUAGUGAAGUGGAGGACAAGUUCCGUAUGAAGAUAUUUGCAGAGAACAAGCACAAGAUCGCCAAGCACAACCAGAGGUACCAGAAGGGGCUGGUCUCGUACCGGCUGAAGCCAAACAAGUAUGCUGACAUGCUGCACCAUGAGUUUGUGCACACCAUGAACGGCUUCAACAGGACUGCCAAGCACAGCAAGGGCCUGUACAAGGGUCGGGAGUCUCGCGGCGCGACGUUCAUCGCCCCGGCGCACGUGGCGCUGCCGGAGCAGGUGGACUGGCGGGCGAAGGGCGCCGUCACCGACGUCAAGGACCAGGGCAAGUGCGGCUCCUGCUGGAGCUUCAGCACGACCGGCGCUCUCGAGGGUCAACACUUCCGCAAGACCGGCUACCUGGUGUCGCUCUCGGAGCAGAACCUCAUCGACUGCUCGGCGGCGUACGGUAACAACGGCUGCAACGGCGGCCUCAUGGACAACGCCUUCAAGUACAUCAAAGACAACGGCGGCAUCGACACCGAGGCUAGCUACCCGUAUGAGGCUGUCGACGACAAGUGCAGAUACAACCCCAAGAACUCCGGCGCCGACGACGUCGGUCUGGUGGACGUGCCGCAGGGCGACGAGGACAAGCUGAAGGCCGCCGUCGCCACCAUCGGCCCCGUCGCCGUCGCCAUCGACGCCAGCCAGGAGACCUUCCAGCUGUACUCCGACGGCGUCUACUACGACGAGAACUGCUCCUCCGAGAACCUCGACCACGGCGUCCUCGUCGUGGGCUACGGCACCGACGAGGACGGCGGCGACUACUGGCUCGUCAAGAACUCGUGGGGCCGCUCGUGGGGCCAGCUCGGCUACAUCAAGAUGGCCCGCAACAGGAACAACCACUGCGGCAUCGCGUCCGCCGCCUCCUACCCGCUCGUUUGAGCGUUGCGUCCGCGCACGCACGUUGCGGUACGCAAGGGUAGCGGCGGGACAACUUACUUGGCGAUAAAAAUGUAAAAUACUCUGCGUGGAAAUUAAAAGUAUAAUAUAUAAAAAUAGUCGCAAUUAUAUCGUAAGACGUAAGUGUUCAGUAACAUUCCGGGUUUUAUUUUACGUAGAAGUUUUUUUUUUUUUAAUUAUUUUGAAUGAUUGUCUCGAGUCCCGCCGCUACCGGGUGAAUCUCUGUGAAUGUCUCUCUUAUGUUCAGAUGGAGUUAAUCUCCAUCAAUUAGCUGUAAGUAUUUCGAUAAGAGUAACUUUUAUUUUGUAAUUAAGUCGAUUGUGAUAAAUAUUGUUUUAGCUUGAAUGUCUAUUAUAUAUAAUAAAGAGGUUUAUGGAUAUA